UGUUUUGUUUUCUAUUUUGCAUGUUACAAAAGCUGGAGGAAUUUCCGCUGGUGGAGCUGGAGGAAUAGGCGUAGGAGGAAUGGGUGGAGGAGGAAUGGUUGGUGGGGGUAUGGGUGGAGGAGGAAUGGGCGGAGGAGCAACAGGUGGAGCCGUCGGAGGAGUUGGAGGAGUAGCCGGAUUAGGUCCUGAUUGUUCAGUUAGACCACUUCAUUUACCUCAUCUUUGUGGAUGUCAGCCGUCAGCUCCUAGUUGCGGAAACGCUCAAAAUGUUGGUCAAGGAGUAUCAGGUGGAAUGACUGGUGGUGUAGCAGGAAGCAUGGGAGGAGGUUCUGUUGGUGGUGCUGGAGUUAACACAGGCGUUGGGGGAAGUAUGGGAGUAGGCGCCGGUGGUAAUAUGGGAGGAGGACUUGGUGUUGGUGGCGGCGGCGGUGGUGGUGGUAUGGCUGGAGGUGGUGGUAUGGCUGGAGGUGGUGGUAUGACUGGAGGUGGUGGUAUGGUUGGAGGUGGCGGCAUGACGGGUGGUGGUGGUAGCAUGGGAGGAAUCGGCGAGAAUAUGGGAGGAGGCACUGGAGGGAACAUAGGAGGUGUAGGAGGUACGGUUGGUGGUGCUGGAAACGUGGGAGGGGGAGGUGGUAUGAUUGGUGGUGGGGGAAACAUUGCAGGUGGCGGCGGUGGUAUGAUGGGUGGUGGUGGGAUGAUGGGUGUCGGUGUAAAUACGGCAGGUGUUGGUGGCAACAUGAUUGGUGGAGGUGGUGGGAACAUGAUGGGAGGCGGUGGAGGUAACAUGGGUGCUGGUGUGGGUGGAGGGUCUAUGGGUGGUAAUAUGGGCAACAUUGGUGGAAAUGGAAAUUUUGGUGGAGGCGGAAUGGGUGGAGGUAUGGGAGGUGUCGGUAUAGGAGGUGGCAUGGGUGGCGGUAUUGGAGGAGGCUUUGGUGGAGCCAAUAUGGGGGGCGCUGGAGGAGGAAGUAUGGGAGGAGCCAGAGGAAUGGAAGUCAUUCUGGACCUCGCUUUCUUAAUCGAUGGAUCUUCUUCCGUGGGGAACGAACAAAACUUCCAGCAAAUUCUCACGUUUGUAAGUGCUGUAGCCCAUUCAUUCUCGAUAGGCCACGACAUGACCCGUGUGGGUGUCGUCGUGUUUUCUCUCGAGGCCUUCGUUAUCUUCAACUUCCACACGUACUUUGACAUACAGAACAUAGAUCAGGCGUUGUCGACAGUCCAAUUUCCAGGAACAGAUGGACCAGGAACUUACAUAGGCCGUGGUUUGCACGUAACAAAGCAUUACCUCUUUAGCAGCUCUGGUAGAGCGCAUGUACCAAGAGCGAUCGUUCUCCUAGUGGCAGGAAGAUCAAUUGAUGACGUUAUCACGCCGUCCAUGGACAUCAGGUCGUAUGGAGUGGAAAUGUACUGUGUUGGUGUUGGUAAUCUUUACAGUAAAUUGCAACUUCAUGCAAUGGCAAGCUUUCCACAUAGCGAGCAUAUUUUUAGGGCCGAGUACACACAAAUGGGACGAACCGCACAACAAGUUGUCACUAAGAUAUUGAAAGGUAUUUCUGUUCACUUCUGUCGUCCCUGCUACGAUGGUCAUCAAGAACUGUGUGAUUAUUGUCCAAGCGAGUUCCAAGAUGAAGUUGAUGAAGAAGACGAGGGCUUUAAACGCCACCAUCGUCAUCGUCAUCAUUUAAAUGAUAGAGAGCGCGCUCGGCCUGUUGGUGGUGAGCGUAGACAUCCAAAAGACAAAAGGCCUACUGAAAAGCCAAAUGGAGACUAUGAAAUCGAACAAUCAGAACACCUUAAUCCCACAAAAAGCCGUCAUAGACAACAUCGCCAACGAUACAACGAUGAUAAACUGAGUUUCAGCAGCGAUGAAAUGCAGUCUACACCAAAUCCUGAAUCAGCAAAUUAUGCUGAAUAUAACUUUGACGACAGCAAGAUGACUGUCGAAGACAAUGAUUGCAAAGAUUAUUCAGACGACUGCAAUGAGUACGCAUCUCGUGGGUAUUGCAGUGAGUACGCUCCGACAGCUAGCAUAGGAACCAUUAACAUGAUGUGCAAGCGUGCUUGUGGGACCUGCUCUACCAACACAACGCCGAAAGAGAAGCAGGAUACGUAUGAAGUAAUGGAUAAAGAUUCCUUUUACAAGAAAGGAGAGAUAGGAAAAUCACACGACAAGAAACAAAAACAUUUGGAGCAUCGUCUAAAUAAACUGUAAUUGAACGCUGACUGAGUCGCCAGCUGAGAAUAAUAUAAUUCCAUGAAAAUGUUUAGCUAGUGGCGUGGUUAUAAAAUACAAUCGUCUUACCGGAUCGGAGAUGCAAAAUCACUACCAAGAAACAUUUGUCCGAGAUAGACUGGGCCAUGCUUUUAAUUCGUGACGUAAUCAGGCAGUGUAGCAUACGCCAUAUACGGGCAAGCGUUUUAUGUACAUUGUUUUUGUUUGUUCAUAGCAGAGAAAGCAUCGAUAAACCUCGGAAAGCCGUCAUGAAAGAAAUUUAGCAUUGCUUUCUCACUGUGAACAUUUGUUCAGUUUCACGACUUUUCCAUAAAAAAACGUGAUCAAAAAUGUUUAACUCCAGCAACAAAAAAAAAAAA